UGAGAUGAGCGGUGCGAAGGUGGAUGCUUUCGCGGACGGUCUUUCGCUUCGCCUUCGAUGCCGUGUUCGUACUCGCAGUCACGGAUGAUAUUCCAACGAAAUCUACAUGAAUAGCGAUUAAUUACAAAAAUAAUAUCACAGGUGUUAUGUUAUUAAUCUUGAAAGUCGGUUUAAAAACUGUUUGUCAAGUGUUUGUGUUGUGGGUUUAAAUCGGUAUUGGGUACGAUUGGCUACGGUCCCGCAUCCAAAGUGAUAUUUUGUGUGUGCCGGACGAUUUAUGUGUAUAACCGAGCUUAAAAAGCAUAUUUGGAUCCCUAAGAUAAGAUAGUUGAGCGUGGCGGCGAGGUAGAGGUUGGUCGCAAUGACGACCGACAUAUCGGUGUCCCGCUGGGACCCGUCCAUCGGCCAUGGCCAGGAAAUCAUCGACGAGUUCGAGUACGAUGGCGGCAACUCGUCGUCGAGGCUAUUCGAACGAUCGCGCAUUAAGGCGUUAGCAGACGAACGAGAGAGCGUGCAGAAGAAAACUUUUCAAAAAUGGGUGAACUCACACUUGGUCCGCGUCGGGUGCCGUAUCGGCGACCUGUACGUCGACAUGAGGGAUGGCAAGCAACUCAUCAAGUUGCUCGAAGUACUCUCCGGAGAGAGAUUGCCUCGUCCAACAAAAGGCAAGAUGCGUAUCCACUGUCUCGAGAACGUGGAUAAGGCGUUGCAGUUCCUGCGUGAACAGCGCGUGCACUUGGAGAACAUGGGCUCCCAUGACAUUGUUGACGGCAACCCAAGACUCAGUCUUGGUCUUAUAUGGACCAUCAUCCUUCGCUUCCAGAUCCAAGACAUUACUAUUGAAGAAACAGACAAUAAAGAGACAAAAUCCGCCAAAGACGCUUUACUGCUGUGGUGUCAAAUGAAGACGGCUGGCUACAACAACGUGAAUGUUCGUAACUUCACGACGUCGUGGCGCGACGGGCUGGCGUUCAACGCCAUCAUACACAAGCACAGACCCGACCUGAUACAGUUCGACAAACUGCACAGGAGCAACCCCAUGCACAAUCUGAACAACGCUUUCAAUGUUGCCGAAGAGAAACUUGGCCUCACCAAGCUGUUGGACGCUGAAGACAUUGCUGUCGACCACCCCGACGAGAAGUCAAUCAUCACAUACGUGGUGACUUACUACCACUACUUCAGCAAGAUGAAGCAGGAGACGGUGCAGGGCAAGAGGAUCGGGAAGGUGGUCGGCAUCGCCAUGGAGAACGAUAAGAUGAUGCAGGAGUACGAGUCGCUUACAAGCGAUCUCUUGCAAUGGAUCGAGCGUACUAUCGAAGCGCUCGGUGACCGAACAUUCGCCAACUCGCUGGAGGGCGUGCGCCAGCAACUGAUACAGUUCUCAAACUACCGCACUGUUGAGAAACCACCCAAGUUCGUAGAGAAGGGUAACUUGGAAGUCCUACUCUUCACGCUCCAAUCCCGCAUGCGCGCGGCCAACCAGAAGCCGUACACACCGCGCGAGGGCCGCAUGAUCCACGACAUCAACCGCGCCUGGGAGCGCCUCGAGAAGUCCGAGCACGAGAGGGAACUCGCGCUCAGGGAGGAGCUCAUCCGACAGGAGAAACUUGAACAACUUGCUGCCAGAUUCAACCGCAAAGCCCAGAUGCGAGAAACUUGGUUAUCUGAGAACCAGCGGCUGGUCAGCCAGGACAACUUCGGGUUCGACUUGGCGGCGGUGGAGGCAGCCGCUAAGAAGCAUGAGGCUAUCGAAACCGACAUCUUCGCGUAUGAGGAGCGCGUACAGGCUGUGGUCGCUGUCUGCUCUGAAUUACAGGCUGAGAGAUACCACGACAUGGAGCGUGUGUGUGCCCGGCGCGACAACGUGUUGCGGCUGUGGGCCUACCUGCUGGAGCUGCUGCGGGCGCGCCGCGCGAGGCUCGAGCUGUCGCUGCAGCUGCAGCAGAACUUCCAGGAGAUGUUAUACAUCCUCGACUCUAUGGAAGAGAUCAAGAUGCGCUUGCUGACAGACGACUACGGCAAACAUCUGAUGGGCGUCGAAGAUCUGUUGCAGAAACACGCGCUCGUCGAAGCCGACAUCAACGUCCUUGGAGAGAGGGUCAAGGUGGUGGUGGGCCAGUCGCAGCGCUUCCUGGAGCAGGAGGCGGGCGGCUACCGGCCCUGCGACCCCGCCAUCACCGUGGAGCGCAUCCAGCAGCUCGAGAACGCCUACGCCGAGCUCGUGCACCUCGCCGUCGAGCGCAGAAAGCGCCUGGAGGACAGCCGCAAGCUGUGGCAGUUCUACUGGGACAUGGCCGACGAGGAGAACUGGAUCAAGGAAAAGGAACAAAUCGUCUCCGUCGACGACAUCGGGCAUGAUCUUACUACUGUGUACCUGCUGAUCUCGAAGCACAAGGCGCUAGAGGCGGACGUGGCGGCGCACGAGCCACAGCUCAUGAGCGUGGCCGCCGUCGGGGACGAACUCAUCUCGCAGGGACACUUCGGGGCCGACAGGAUACAGGAUCGUCUGCGUGACAUCCUGUCGCAAUGGAACCACCUGCUGGACAUGGUGUCCCUGCGCAAGAACAGACUGGACGCUGCCGUGCGCUACCAUCAGUUGUUCGCCGAUGCCGACGACAUCGACAACUGGAUGCUCGACACACUACGUCUGGUGUCAUCUGAAGACACCGGCGUGGAUGAGGCUCAGGUACAGAGCUUGCUGAAGAAGCACAAGGACGUCACCGACGAGUUGAAGAACUACGCUAACGUUAUUCAGCAGCUCAAGCAACAGGCGCAGGAGCUGAGCCCGUCGGACGCCAACAGCGCGGAGGUGCGCGCGCGGCUGUCGGCCAUCGACGCGCGCCACGGCGAGCUGGCCGAGCUGGCGCGGCUGCGCAAGCAGCGCCUGCUGGACGCGCUGUCGCUCUUCAAGCUGCUGGCCGAGGCCGACGCCGCCGACCAGUGGAUCGCCGAGAAGGACCGCAUGCUCGACACCAUGCUGCCGCCCAAGGACAUCGACGACGUCGAGAUCAUGAAGCACAGAUACGACGGCUUUGACAAGGAGAUGAACGCGAAUGCCUCCCGCGUGGCCGUAGUGAACCAGCUGGCGCGACAGCUCAUCCACGUAGAACACCCGCAAGCCGCUCGCAUACAGGAGCGACAGGCUGCACUCAACUCCGCCUGGAGCGGGCUGCGAGAGAAGGCUGAGUCGAAGAAGGAUGAACUCAAAUCGGCUCAAGGCGUGCAAACGUUCCACAUCGAGUGCCGCGAGACUGUCUCCUGGAUCGAGGACAAGAAGAGGAUCUUGCAGCAGACCGACAACUUGGAGAUGGAUCUCAACGGUGUGAUGACCCUGCAGCGUCGCCUGUCGGGCAUGGAGCGGGACCUGGCCGCCAUCCAGGCGCGCAUCUCGUCGCUGGAGAGCGAGGCCAGCGCCAUCGAGGACGACCACCCCGAGGAGGCGCAGCUCAUCCGGGACCGCGUCUACCAGAUCACCGAGAACUGGGACCAGCUCACGCAGAUGCUGAAGGAGCGCGAUGCCAAGCUGGAGGAGGCCGGCGACUUGCAUCGCUUCUUGCGCUCCGUGGACCACUUCCAGGCCUGGCUUACUAAGACACAGACCGAUGUCGCUUCUGAGGACACACCAUCGAACCUGUCUGAAGCGGAGAAGCUGUUGUCUCAGCACCAGACCAUCAAGGAAGAGAUCGACAACUACAAGGACGAGUACGCUAAGAUGAUGGAGUACGGAGAGAAGAUCACUGCCGAGCCAUCAACUCAGGAUGAUCCUCAGUACAUGUUCUUGCGCGAGCGCCUUAAGGCUUUGCGCGAGGGCUGGGCUGAGCUGCAGCAGAUGUGGGAGAACAGACAACAGCUGCUCACACAGAGCUUGGAGUUGCAGCUAUUGCAGCGCGAUGCUCGCCAGGCCGAGGUUCUGCUCUCGCACCAGGAACACAGGCUAGGCAAGACCGAACCGCCAACCAAUUUGGAGCAGGCCGAAAACAUGAUCAAGGAACACGAAGCCUUCUUCACUACCAUGGAGGCCAACGAUGACAAAAUCAACUCCGUGGUACAGUUCGCCAACCGCCUCGUCGAGGAAAGGCACUUCGACGCCGACAAGAUCCAGCGCAAGGCCGAGAGCAUCGACGCUCGACGCAACGCCAACCGCGAGAAGGCCAUCCAGCAGAUGGAGAAGCUACAGGACCAGCUGCAACUACACCAGUUCCUCCAGGACUGCGACGAACUCGGCGAGUGGGUGCAGGAGAAGAAUGUCACAGCACAGGACGACACCUACCGCUCCGCCAAGACCAUCCACUCCAAGUGGACGCGCCACCAGGCCUUCGAGGCCGAGAUCGCGGCUAACAAGGAACGCCUCUUUGCCGUACAGAACGCUGCCGAAGAACUUAUGAAACAGAAACCAGAGUUUGUAGAAAUCAUCUCACCGAAAAUGUCCGAACUCCAGGAUCAGUUCGAAAAUCUGCAAACCACCACCAAGGACAAGGGAGAACGUCUAUUCGACGCUAACCGAGAAGUUCUACUGCACCAGACUUGCGACGAUAUCGACUCAUGGAUGAACGAACUCGAGAAACAAAUCGAGAACACAGACACAGGCACUGAUCUGGCAUCUGUCAACAUUCUCAUGCAGAAGCAACAGAUGAUCGAGACACAGAUGGCCGUUAAAGCUAAGCAAGUCACCGAGCUUGAGACCCAAGCCGAGUACUUGCAGAAGACUGUUCCCGAUAAGAUGGACGAGAUUAAGGAGAAGAAGAAGUCUGUUGAGCAGAGGUUCGAGCAGCUGAAGGCGCCUCUGUUGGAGCGCCAGCGCCAUCUGGCCAAGAAGAAGGAGGCCUUCCAGUUCCGCCGCGACGUGGAGGAUGAGAAGCUGUGGGUGCACGAGAAGAUGCCUCUGGCUACCAGCACCGACUACGGCAACUCACUGUUCAACGUGCAGAUGUUGCAGAAGAAGAACCAGUCGCUGAAGACUGAGACCGACAACCACGAACCCAGGAUCCUGACUGUCAUCUCCAACGGGCAGAAGCUGAUUGAUGAGGGACACGACGACACGCCCGAGUUCAAACAGCUGAUCGAAGAACUUACGGCGAGAUGGCGAGAACUCAAGGAUGCCAUCGAUGAACGCAAGAACAAGCUGUCCCAAUGGGAGAAGGCGCAGCAGUACCUAUUCGACGCCAACGAGGCGGAGGCUUGGAUGAGCGAGCAGGAGCUAUACAUGAUGGUGGAAGACCGCGGCAAGGACGAGAUCUCCGCACAGAACCUAAUGAAGAAACACGAGAUCCUGGAACAGGCGGUCGAUGACUACGCUCACACUAUCCGCCAGUUGGGAGAGACUGUCAGGCACCUCACUGCUGAUGAACAUCCUCUCAGCGAACAAAUCUCAGUGAAGCAAUCGCAAGUGGACAAGCUGUACGCGGGCCUGAAGGACCUGGCGGGCGAGCGGCGCGCCAAGCUGGACGAGGCGCUACGCCUGUUCCAGCUGUCGCGCGAGGUGGACGACCUGGAGCAGUGGAUCACCGAGCGGGAGCUGGUGGCCAGCUCGCAGGAGCUCGGACAGGACUACGACCACGUCACUUUGCUGUGGGAGCGCUUCAAGGAGUUCGCGCGCGAGACCCAGGCGGUGGGUUCGGAGCGCGUGGGUACUGCCGAGCGUAUCGCCGACCAGAUGAUUGCCAUGGGACACUCCGACAACGCCACCAUCGCGCAGUGGAAGGAGGGGCUCAAGGAGACCUGGCAGGACCUGCUCGAGCUCAUCGAGACGCGCACGCAGAUGCUGGCAGCGUCCCGCGAGCUCCACAAGUACUUCCACGACUGCAAGGACACGCUGCAGCGCGUCAACGAGAAGGCGCGCGGCGUCAGCGACGAGCUCGGCAGGGACGCCAUCAGCGUCGGCGCGCUGCAGAGGAAGCAUCACAACUUCAUGCAGGACCUCAGCACGCUCAACCAACAGGUGGAGGCUAUCCGCAGCGAGUGCGGGCGGCUGGGCGCCAUGUACGCGGGCGAGAAGGCGGCCGAGAUCACGCGGCGCGAGGGCGAGGUCCGCGCGGCCUGGGCGGCGCUGGCGGCCGCCUGCCAGGCGCGCACCGCCAAGCUGGAGGACGCCGACCAUCUGUUCCGCUUCCUCAGCCAGGUGCGCACGCUCACGCUCUGGAUGGACGACGUCGUGCGGCAGAUGAACACUGGCGAGAAGCCGCGCGAUGUAAGCGGCGUGGAACUAUUGAUGAACAACCACCAGUCUCUGAAGGCCGAGAUCGACACUCGUGAGGACAACUUCUCAGCGUGUAUCUCGCUGGGUCGCGAGCUCCUGGCGCGCCAACACUACGCGUCCGCGGACAUCAAGGAGAAGUUACUGCAGCUCACCAACCAGCGCAAUGCCUUGCUGCGCCGCUGGGAGGAGCGCUGGGAAAACCUGCAACUCAUCCUGGAGGUGUACCAGUUCGCGCGCGACGCGGCGGUGGCGGAGGCGUGGCUCAUAGCGCAGGAGCCCUACCUCAUGUCGCAGGAGCUCGGACACACCAUCGACGAGGUCGAGUCGCUCAUCAAGAAGCACGAGGCCUUCGAGAAGUCCGCGGCCGCGCAGGAGGACAGGUUCUCCGCGCUACAGAGACUCACCACCUUCGAAGUAAAAGAAAGGAAGCGAAGGCAGGAAGCCGCAGAGGCGGCUGAGCGCGAGAAGCGCGAGCGGGAGGCGGCCGAGGCCGCUGCCGCCGCCGCCGCCGCGCAGGACGCUGUGGACCGCGCCGCCACGCCCGACCAGCAGCCCACAGGCGAGCCCGCGCCCGCCGCCGCCGCCGCGCCCCCCGAGCGCGCCUCCCCGCCCGCCCCCUCCACCUCGAAACAGACGCCCGCCAAACCCGCACGCCUCUCCACUCCCGGCACGAGCUCGACGCCGGCCACGCCGUCUAGUUCCGGUAAGGUGAAGUCGCGGUCGCGAAGCAAGUCGCCCUUCAGGAGUUUCCGAUGGCGCACGGCGAAGAAACUACUUUCCGGAACUCAUCAUAGCGACGAUGAAGAGGGUGCUAGCCCCGCGAGUGAAGACGAAGGCGUAGAGGGGACAUUGGUGCGCAAACACGAGUGGGAGUCCGCAGCUAAACGAGCUUCCAACAGAUCGUGGGACAAGGUGUACGUGGUGGCGAAGGACGGUCGCAUGUCGUUCUACAAGGACCAGAAGGCGUACAAGGCGGCGCCGGACGUGCACUGGCGCGCCGAGGCGCCGCUCGACCUCAACGGCGCCGUCGUCGAGGUCGCAGCCAACUACACCAAGAAGAAGCAUGUCUUCCGUCUCAGGCUGAGCAACGGCGCGGAGUUCCUGCUGCAGGCGCACGACGAGGCGGAGAUGUCGUGGUGGCUGGAGGGGCUGCGCGCCCGCGCCGCCGCGCCCGCGCCGCGCUCGCACACGCUGCCCGCGCCCGCCAACAACGAGCCCAAGCGACGCUCCUUCUUCACGCUCAAGAAAAAGUCAGUCAAUCUCACAACCUUCGUCUUCGCCCCGUAGUCGCAUGCCGCAUGCCAUCACACACGCUAAACACUUAAGGAGCGUGUAGUGCGGGCGGCGCCAAGUUUCCUCAUUACGCUGCGGGGCGGGCUCCCGGCGCGUGCAGUGCGCGGCCGGCGGCUCGCGCGGUCUCGCCGCCGCCGCGCACGCCACGCACGCGCCGCCGACGGCCGCCGCGCAUUUCUCACGACGCUUGCAGCUGUAAGCUUUGCUAAUGACGAAAUAUUGUCGACUCGCGGCACCAUCGACCGUCGCAUCGGUUCAAUGUUAUUAUUAUUAAUUAAUAUUAUUUUUUGUUGCGUACGAAACGUUAUUUGAGACUGUUCGGUAUCUGAGUGUUCGAUCGUUCGCCCUCGUAAACCGUAUUUAUUGUUCGAUAUUCGUAUCGAAGAUUGAAGAUAUUAUAGUAGAUUUUAUCCUGGUAUGUACGAUCCCACCCCUCGAAAGUGUAAUUGUUAUUGAUAUGAAACGAUUAUGAUUAAAUGAAAUACAUAUUAUUAUAAAAUUCUAAAUGCGUCGCUAUUUAUACAUAGAUGAUUUUAGUGUUUAAAUUCAGAUUGAGAAUAUAUAUAUUUAAAAUAUUUAUAUUUAAAAGAAAUGGAGCUAGUGUGAUGUAAAUUCAGUUGAACUAGAAAUGUAUGUCGUGCGAUUUACUAAUUAUUCAUAAUUAUAAUAAAAAGUUUAAUGUAUUUAAUGACCAAUAUAAUACCAAUCGACGGAAUUUGACUAUCGCAUUUGAUAAUGUUAACCUAGCUGAGACGACGGAGGAUUGUAACCGCAUUUACAUUCAAUAGACGAUUUCCCAGUGGAUUGAGGUUUUACUAAUUAUAUUGACAGCUUAGCCUUGUCGGAGCAACACGAGAUAACGUAAGCUACGUACAUAAAUUGUAUUAGAUUUAAUUUCCAUAAUAAAGUGUCUUCUCUCCGACCGCCAGUCGCCGCUGUCCGUCUACAAAUGCCGCAUUUAAAUUAUAAACAUUUCUCGUUAGAUUCUCGUUGUUAGUGUGAGGCGAGUAGCAUAGAGCGCCGAGUCGGGCCGGCGGCGGCGGCCGUCAUAUCAUAGUAAUCCAUUGUAAGUAUGCUUGAUCGCCUCAUAAGUGCUUCUAAGAAAUGACGUAUUUCUAUUAUGAACAUUGAUUUUGUAUGAUUAUUUUUACUGCCAACGUUCACAAAUUGAUAAUUUUUAUAAGUACUAUAACUAAAUUUCACAUUUCAUAAAAUUACGUACACACAUUUUUAGUUCUAUUCGUGUUAUGAUUACUGUAUAUCUGACGAGUGCGGCGCUACCUGUUCGGCCGCGCAGGCCGUCGGGCAGGUAGCGCAACAUGUUCACUGCAUGUUUCGUAAACCUAUGUUUAUACUUAUUUUAUUUUAAAGAACUUUCUUUAUUGAUGAGAAUAUAAAAUAAAUAAUGUUUUCAAAUA